AUGGACACCGAGUGCCUCCGAGCCCGCCACAGCGAGUGCAUUGAUUUGGCCUCUGUUCAGCUUAGAAGGCAACUGAUGGACAGCGGUAUUCCCUUCACAGAGGCUGAAAUAGCGGCGUUACCUGCACGUUUUGUAGAGUUGCUGAUCUCUCGGUUGGAGAUGUUCCGCCAGCGCGAGGUUGAAACCCGCGCGGCCGUAGACAAGUGCCGCCGGGAGACAGAGGUGGAGGAAAUGCGGUUCGAGCAGCUGCGCGAGGCAACGGAGCGCGUGCAAGGGGAAAAGAGGAUUAUAUCCAGCAAAAUAAGUGCAGCAGUUAGUGAAUACAUGCGUGAGGACAAACUCGAGAAGGAGAAGCAGCGGGAGCGCCACAACGAGCUUCAGGAGGUGUUUAGACAGGUCGAGAAAAAGGAAGCUGAACACCGCAGAGAGAUUAUUGAAAUGGAGCGACUUCGGAAAAUGCUCAAGAAGGUCACCAAGUAG